AUAAGUCGCAUAUCGAUAAAUGGCUGCAUGACAAAAAUGUACUAAUUUUAGGCAGACUUUACCCAAUCUGGCAAGGGCACCAACACGCAUCAAAACUGUGACUGUCAAAAAAACGAGAGAGACGUGCAAAAAAGAAAAAGUUUAAGAAUUGUUAAAAAUUUUCAAUAAAUUAGUUGAAAGCGCAUCAUAUUGGCAGCCAGCAACCAGACGACCGGUACUCGUACCAAAACGUUAAAUUCAUUUAAUCAUAUUAGCAACACAUAGUGAAAUGAAUGUUCCUCCUAGCGCUGGCAAUGGCAAUAAUUCAACAAUGCCGAUGCCGCCAGCGGCUGCGAUGGCCGGCAUGGGAUACCCGCCGGGAGGGAUGGGAGGAAUGCCAGUGCCGCCCUUCAGUCUACCGCCUCCCGGUUUUGGGGCACCGCCACCACCCGAGCUGGCUGCUGCCUUUGGCGCCCUAGCCACUGAAUGGACGGAGCACAAGGCGCCGGAUGGACGUCCCUAUUAUUACAAUCAGAACACAAAGCAAAGCUCGUGGGAGAAACCGGAGGCGCUAAUGACGCCUGCAGAGCUGCUGCACAAUCAGUGCCCGUGGAAAGAGUAUCGUUCGGACGCGAAUAAAGUGUAUUAUCAUAAUGUGAGCACAAAAGAGACUUGCUGGGAGCCACCGCCAGAGUAUCUAGACAUGAAAGCCAAGGCCAAAGCAGAGGAAGCAGCAGCUGCAGCUAAAGCAGUGGCAGCCAUGACGUCUUCCAGUCUGGCUGGCAUGGUGCCACACGUGGCCUUGGCCAACAUAUUGCCAGCGGCAUUGCCAGCAGCGCCGCGUGUGCCGACGCCGGAGAUACACUCGCCACUAACGCCGAGUAGUAAUGAGAACAGCUCCUCGGCACUGGAUCAGGCCAUGGCAGCCACGUUGGCAGCCAUCGAAGUGCCCAAUGCUAAAAAAGAUGACAAAUCCGGCGGCGAGAACAACGCAUCAUUGAUGUUUAAGGAUAAACGUGAGGCAAUAGAGGCAUUCAAGGAGCUGCUUCGCGAUCGCAACGUGCCCUCAAACGCCAAUUGGGAUCAGUGUGUCAAGAUCAUAUCAAAGGACCCGCGUUACAAUGCCUUUAAAACGCUCAACGAACGCAAGCAAACCUUCAACGCUUACAAGACCCAGAAACUGAAAGAUGAACGUGAGGAGUCGCGACUGCGUGCCAAAAAAGCCAAGGAGGAUCUGGAACAGUUUCUCAUGUCCAGCGAUAAGAUGAACUCGCAAAUGAAAUACUUUCGCUGCGAAGAGGUCUUUGCCAGCAAUCGCACAUGGACGACAGUCCCGGAACCCGAUCGGCGUGACAUCUACGAGGAUUGCAUAUUCAAUUUGGCCAAACGUGAGAAAGAGGAGUCGCGUCUGCUAAAGAAACGCAACAUGAAAGUGCUAGGUGAGCUGCUAGAAUCAAUGACGUCCAUUACAUACGCCACAACGUGGUCGGAGGCUCAGGUGAUGCUGCUCGAUAAUGCAGCAUUUAAAAACGAUGUUACUCUGUUGGGCAUGGAUAAGGAGGAUGCACUGAUUGUGUUUGAGGAACACAUACGUACGCUUGAGAAAGAAGAGGAGGAAGAUCGAGAGCGCGAGAAGAAGCGUCUUAAACGGCAGCAACGCAAGAAUCGGGAUGGUUUCCUUGCGCUACUCGACUCGCUGCAUGAGGAGGGAAAAUUGACGUCGAUGUCGCUGUGGGUGGAAUUGUAUCCCAUAAUAUCGGCCGAUAUACGUUUCUCUGCCAUGCUGGGACAGAAUGGUUCAACCCCGCUGGAUUUAUUUAAGUUCUAUGUGGAGAACUUAAAGGCACGAUUCCAUGACGAAAAGAAAAUCAUACGCGAAAUACUCAAAGAGAAACAGUUUGUGGUGCAAGCUAAGACGAGCUUUGAGGACUUUGCCACAGUGGUGUGCGAGGAUAAACGAUCAGCCAGCUUAGAUGCCGGCAAUGUCAAGUUGACGUACAACUCGCUGCUAGAGAAGGCCGAGACCAUUGAAAAGGAACGUAUGAAGGAGGAAGUGCGAAGGUUACGCAAGCUGGAGAAUGAAAUCAAAAAUGAGUGGUUGGAAGCGAAUGUAUCCGUGGGUGAGCCCUACGAAAGCGCCAAGAAGCUGGUCGAGCAUCUGGAGGCAUUUGCGCUGUAUGAGAAAGAGAUUGGCGUAGAAAAGAUUUGGGAGGACUUUAUUAAGGAGAGCGAGGAUGCGUGCAGUCAUCAUCAUUCACGAUCGCGUAAAUCCAAAAAGAAUAAAAAGCAUAAAAAACGUGUGCGGUCCACCUCAAGAUCAGAUAUUGAAAACGAGCUUGUCGAGCUGGAAAAAAGCAAAAAACGACGCUCCAAAUCACGCUCAAACUCGCUCAGUUCAAUUGGCAGCAUUGAAAGUGAAAAGCUGAUGAAAAAGAAGAAAAAGCGUAAAAACAAAUCGCGUGCUUCGUCUUGCGAAUCUGAGCUAGGAAAUCAUUCGCCAGUCACAGGCUCAGCACUGCAGCAGAAUGAUUCCAAUUCGCAUUCACCGGCGAAAAAGAAGAAAAAAGAGAAACGCGCCCGUCGGGAUAAAGAAGCCAAAAGGCAUCGGAACAAUCGCUCUACAACGCCAAUCAGUCCGGCCGCUCUAUCAGAUUCGGCGACGUCCAGAAAUGAGGAACUAACGCUCAGCGAUGGUGAACUGGAAUCCAAACGCGCAGCAUUGCUGGCGCAGCUCAAUGAACAAUUAGAUGAAUGACCAGUUUUAUGUGGUCAUCGAUCAUGGGGACUACAGCUAAAUAACAACAUUAGCAUUAGCUAUAGCCAUAACAUAGAAGGUGCAUUAUGUGCGCCCUAGAUGUACGUUAACUGGAAUUCCGCUCGGAAUGUUUUUCUUCUCGAGUGGACAAUUUUGCAAACGUUAUUCUGCAUUCGCACAUCUCCCUUUUGCUUUGUUCUGGAUUGCUGACCUAUUAUGACACGGGCAACAACAAAUCAUGAAAAUGUAAGCGAUCAGUUUCAAUGUAAAGAAAUUAUUAUAACAUUAUAAGUCCAAAAAACAACCAACAUCAAUAAGAACAAAAAUAAUAUUUGCACUUUGUGUGACUACAAAAUCAAACGAGACUUAUUUAA